CAGAAUUGGUUUACACUACUUCCGGUUACCUGUUACAGGUAUUUCUAUUUACAGUUUUAAAAGAGAAUACCUUAUGACCAACAAUACAAAUGGCAAACCUUUAUGUGUUAAUUGUCUUUUUAGGACUACCAGCAUUCAGUAUAGCAUUAGAGUGUUAUGUAUGUGAGGCACAGAACAGCAACAAGGAUAAAUGUGUAAAAACAACAAUCCAGUGUAGGCAGGAGGAAGAUACGUGUAGAACACAGAUUAAAUGGCAGCAGCCUUUGUUUUGGCAGCCAAGGAGUGAAAGAUAUCAUUACAUAUCUAAAACCUGUGAUACAUCAACCCACUGUCAGCAGGAGAGCGUUGGUCUAGGCGUCAGAUGUAUGAAGGAUUGGUAUAGAGAUUGGACAUGUGUAGAAUGUUGUCAAGGGGAUCGAUGUAAUUACUACACAACUCUUGGAGCAGGAACCACACAGAUCAGCCUUAUAUUACUGGUAUCGAUGAUUGUUGUACAGUUUUUCAUCAGACACAGAUAAUAGAUAUCAAAUUACAUCAAUGUAAACAUUUAUUUAGAGAAAUACAUAUUUUUCAUUUGGACAUAUAAUCUGGUCAUUGCAUACAUGUGUAAAAAGGAGUAGGUCCGGUAAGGACCGAUUUUGGCUUCAAAUUUCAGGUUCAUCUGACGAAAGAUUUUGACCAUUUUUUAAACACUUAAGUGUCUAUUUCAUUUAAAUCAAUUAGUUGAUGUGAAAGAUUUUAACUGAUUUUGUCAUUCAAAACGACCCGAUUCAAGCUCAAAUAUGAAAAAUCUACCAAAUAUGCUGAAAAAUGUAACUUUUCAGAUGGUUUUCGUCAAAAAUGAAAGUGGCCGCAUCCGUGUUCAUCCUCAUUCUUUAUAUAUGUUAUGCAAUAUCAUAAAAUACAACUUACAUUUUAAUAUUAAGGAUGAACACGAAUGCAGCCACUUUCAUUUCACAAGAAAACCGUCUAAAAUUUAACUAAAAUGCUAGAAUUGUAAAGAUUUCAGUAAUUUAGCUUGACAUAAUGGUGCUAGUACCUGAUAUAUGCGCAUUGUAUUGUCAAAAACAGCCCAUAUUCAUGUAGCAGAAUCAUUCUACUGUACAAUAACUAACUAAAAGUUUACAUUUUAACAAUUUUGUAAAACUGCUAUAUUUUAGGGCCAAAAAGGGGUCUUACUGGACCUACUCCUUUGUUCCUGCAGAAAUUUUGAUCAGCUUAUUGGUUUCGUUCCAGGGAAUGUAAUUAAUCAUGAUUGUUUAAGCUCAUAUAGAUAUGUUGACAAUUGACCAAUACCAGCUCCUGGGGCCUCUUAUCAUAAAGAUAGCACACUACACUACUCAUGUUGAAUCUAUGUAAUUCAUUUCAAUCACUUUUCAAGUUCAACACCUUGCAAUGUGCUUAGCAAUUUAGAAAACUUUAAAAUGAAUUACAUGUAAUAAGAUUGAUAAAUAUGAAAAAAAAUAGAUUAUCAUAUGGACACUUUCUGAACAUCUGUAAUGCAGACUAAAUUAAGAGAAGUAAUUAUGAAUGUAAACCAGUAUCAAAAUGAAGUGCCAUAUGACACAAUAGUUAUUUUUAUUAUAAAUUUGGAUAUUAACAUAACAAAGCUUUCAAAAUAUUUGAUGAACCAAGUGUUUGAAUUGUUUGUAAAUAGUCUGUUCAUUACUGUAUAUUAUUUCACUUAAAAUUGUACAGGUUCACAGUUGUUUUAUUUUCCAUUAAAAAUUUUGCUGAUGAAUGUGCACAAAGACACAUUUUUACAAAUUAACAUUUUUUUUACAAAUCUUGAACAUAGUUAUAAGAAUUUUCAUGGAUUGUGUACUUCAUGCAAAUGAUUUUGUUUAAAAAAAAAUCUGAUUCAUUUGAAAAUGUAAGUUUAUAUUUGUAAAUUUGAUUAGGAAUACUUAAGGUGGUAUGGGAGUCUAAAAUAAGAAUGAUAGAAUUAGUUCAAACUUUGCCAAAACGUAGUAUCUAUUGAUAUAUAAUGAAAUAUAUAAUAAAAAAGAUAGGUCACCGGGCAUUUUUUAAA